AUGAUAUUUUCAAUAAUUAAAUUAUUUUAUUUAAUUAUUUUAUUUUUAACAAUUACAAUUUCAUCAUUAUUUUCAUUUAAUUCUGUUUGUGAUUUUCCUUUAUUAAAUGAUAGACUUGGAUGUCAACGGGGGCAGAGUUUAAAAGAUAAAGGAGGAAUACUAAUUGAAGAAGAAGAUGAAGAACAAAAACAAAAAGAACAAAAAAUAUUUUUAAAUAAUUUUGAUUGGUUUUGUGAUCCAGAAUCGAGUAUUUCGAUGAGUGAAGGUUUUUUGUUUUUUGCAUUAGAAGAAACAAUAAAUAAAUUAAUAAACAUUUAUGGCAAAAAUUGUGUUUGUAGUAAAGAAGAAGAUUUAACUUUUUCUAAUUUGGAUGAAAUAAAAAGUGAAAAUAAUUAUUGUUGGCAUCGUUUUGGAUUUGGAUUUUUAAAAAAAUUAAAUUUAAAUAAUGAUGUUAACAACAAUAUCAAUUUAUGGAUUAAUAAUUAUGGAAAUAAUUUUGUAAAUAUUCUUCGUGAACGUUGGGGAAUGGGUAAUUGUGGAGAAGAUAUUGUUAUACUUUUUGUACAAAUUCCACCUAUUAUUUUUGUUUCUGCUGGUUCUUUAAUUAAACAACGUUUGGGAAUUAAUAAAAUAAAUCAAUUAAUUAACCAAACAAAUAUUCAAUUAUUAACAAGUUCAAAACCUCCAUUCAGAAUUUUAUCUAAUUUAAUUGAAAAUAUUGGAAUUUUAUUAGUAGAAAAAAAUAAUUUAGUUGUAGAUAAUAAUAAUAAAUUAAUAAUUAAUAAACAACAAAUAAAUUAUAAUCAAGUAACAACAACUCGAAGUCAUAUACCUUUAUGGGCUUGGGCCGUUUUUGGCGCAUGUGGAGUUGCUUUUUUAUUAAUGGCUUUAGGUCUUUUUGCUAUUACCAGAACAAAUACAAGAAGAGGUUGCACUCAAGGAAAAAAGUUUAAAUGUCAAGGGCAUGCAGCGAUGGUGGCUAGAAGGCAUUGGAAAGAAGAGCAAUUACAACCAGCACAACAAACAUAUGUAAAUUUAGUUCAAAUGCUUAUGCCUCACCCAAAAGCUCCACCAACAAAUAUGCCACAACAAGUUUAG